AUCAAUCGAUUCAACACUGGCUACUUCGACUGGCUGAAAUAUAUAAUAGUUCAAAAAAUUGAAAUGGGCCGACUCUUGUAAAAAUAGACCGAGCUUUAUACAGGCUGAGUCAAACCUCAUAGCCCCUAAGAGAAUUUCAAAUGCCUGCUAAACCUAAUAGGCCAUCAGUUCGUGAUGGGCCGAAUUAUCUUAUCAAAAAUUCAGAAUACAUGAAAAAGGCACAUCUUUAAUCUUCCACUUCCAAGGGAAAGAAAAAGGGGUGAAAAACGUGGAGUAACUGAAUAAGCCCUUCAAAACUCCUUCACUCCGUCGAAAAGAGAAGAGCCCUAUGGCUGCAGACAGCAACAAGAGGAAGAGGCCGAACAUUUUGGUAACGGGCACCCCUGGAACGGGUAAAACGACGACGUCUUCUGCUCUGGUGGAAGCCACCCAGCUCCACCAUAUCAAUAUUGGGGAUUUGGUCAGGGAGAAAAACUUGCACGACGGAUGGGACGACGACCUCCAGUGCCACGUCAUCAACGAAGAUCUCGUCUGUGAUGAGCUUGAGGAUAUGAUGGAAGAAGGGGGAAACAUAGUGGAUUAUCACGGUUGUGAUUUCUUUCCUGAGCGAUGGUUUGAUCUUGUGGUGGUGCUUCAAACGGACAACACUGUGUUGUAUGAUCGGUUGAGUAAGAGAGGUUAUGAGGGUUCCAAGCUUUCAAACAAUAUAGAGAGUGAAAUCUUUCAAGUUCUGCUGGAGGAGGCAAAAGAAAGUUACCCAGAGGAUAUUGUUAUAGCUUUAAAGAGUGAUAAUAUUGAGGAUAUCACUAGAAAUGUUGCGACUAUUACAGAUUGGAUCCGGAGUUGGCCCCUAAGAUCUUGAUCGAAUACAGUUUUCGUAAUUUGCCCUGCCAAUGCCUGCUGCUUCACCUUAUGAAAGAAGCUGCAAUGAGGGCUUUAGUCAAGUAUGUCUUUGUUUAAGUUUUAGCUCUAAUAUGAAAUCAGUUAAUUUUCGUAGUUUUGUUAUUUUCAUGGAUUAGUCUCAGGGUUCAGACCGUGCGGGAUCUUAAUUUUUAAUUGAGUGUUUUUUAUUUUAUUAAUGGUGUGUAAUUGAUAGUUCAAGGAUGUAUUGUGAUCAGUUAAUAGACACCGUUUUCUACUGGUAAAAAGAAAUUAUAACUAUAAGCCAUUAGGUUGUGGAUGUCUGCCACAUGCAUUA